CCGUCUCGCGAUAACGCAACCGAUAGGCGUGACGACUGGGCUGCUCCUCGACACACGUUUCGUACACGCGACAAUAUAAAAGUAUUAUAAAACAAUUUUGAAAAAAAAAAAAAUUUAAAACGAACAGACAGGUCAUAUUUUUCGCACGACACUCGUUGAUUUGGUACACAUUGGGAUUGCUUGUGGUGUUGUGUUUUUUCGCAACACAAUGCCUGUCUCACAGAAGAUAUUAUAAUCAUCCGUUUUAGAGUAUAAGAAACAAUCGUUUUAAAUUUUUCUUGAAAUAUCUUCGGGCCGUCGCCGACUUCGGCUGACCAGACGACUGCGCGCGCCAUGGUCGGCUGCUACUGCGUGUCCGGUCCGUAACUGACCACAACCGUGGAAGUUAUUGUGCUAUUACUGUUACUACUACUGUCGCCGUCAAAGUACGUCACCAAUAAUAAUAUACCAAUACGUGUAAAAUAUUGACACUACAAAGUUAUCGACAAGUCGUAAAUAUAUUUAAUACUAUUAUAUACACGCUGGGACAGCAGGACAACGAACGGAGGAUAUAAAGGAUAUAAUAUACGAAUCGCUACCACACAGCCAUGCGGCGCGGAGGGGCUCGUGAUUUUUCCAUCGUCUUGGCCGUAUUCGCCGCUUGUUUUAUCGGCCAACUGACGCUCGGCAUCCACAUAAGAGAAUGCGAUGAAGCUCUGGGUAUGGAAUCCGGUGCCAUCCCAGAUUCAGCGAUCACGGCUAGUUCGUCGUACAACGUGCCAAAUGUCGGACCGAGCAACGGAAGGUUAAAAGUGGAACGUGCCGGGGGUGGUUGGUGUCCCAAGCCACCGGUAGAGCAAGGCGUCCGUGAAUGGCUGCAAGUUGAUUUCGGAUCUGUGCACAUGAUCACGGGAGUGCAAACUCAAGGACGAUUUGGCCACGGGCGUGGACUCGAAUAUGCUGAAGAAUACACAUUGGAGUACUGGAGACCCGGGUUGGGAGAAUGGAAACCGUACAAGAGAUGGGACGGAAAACAGAUAAUGUCCGGCAACACGGAUACCUCGACCGUGGUCUUGCACCAUCUGCUUCCGCCCGUCUACGCAUCGCAAGUACGCAUAUUGCCGUACAGCGUUCACCGUCGCACCGUUUGCCUGAGGGCAGAGAUCAGAGGAUGCCCGUCCGACCACGGAAUAACUAGUUACACGAUCCCGUUGGACGGACCUGCCAGUGAUAAUACGGACGUGGCGGACCUUUCGUACGACGGUGUGGUACGUGACGACAAAAUUCAAGGAGGGCUCGGACGUUUGGUCGACGGUGUACGGGGAGAGGACAACUAUAAAAUGGAUAUCGGUUACGGAAAAGGUAACGGAUGGGUUGGAUGGCGUAAAGAAUCUUUUUCAAAAGGAUUUGUGGAACUAAUAUUCGAAUUUAGCGAAGUAAGAAAUUUUUCGGCUGUGCACAUAUUCACCAACAAUUUUUUCAGCAAAAACGUACAGGUUUUCUCAAAAGCGAGGGUACAGUUCAGCGUGGGCGGACUACACUAUCACGGACGAUCGGUUUGGUACACGUACAUGCCAGAUACUGUGUUGGAAAACGCGAGAGAUGUAGACAUACAGUUGCAUAAUCAUGUUGGGAAGUACGUGAAAAUCCAACUCUACUUCUACAGCAAAUGGAUAAUGAUAAGCGAAGUGAAGUUUGAUUCCGAGCCAUUGGCUCAGAACGUGACGGUGGAUGCGGACGCGCCGUUCGAGGAUGAACAGAUAGUUGGAGGGGCGGUGGAUCCUCCUUGGGACUCGCCCGACACCACUGCACACAAGGAAAAGGACAACAGAACCGGUGGAGGGUUAGUAGAAGUGCUCAUCGGCGUGCUCACGGCCGCCACGCUCAUCUUGCUUGGCAUUUGCGCCAUUGUGUUAGCUCUGAGUCGCCGCAAGAAGCAUCAGACAAUCAGCACUUCGAUAUUUAAAAAGCCAUUUGGAGUAGCCAUCAAUAUGAAGGACAUAUUCAUGAACCUAUCACCUCACAACAACAACACUACUGCCGUUAGUAACAACAAAAACAACAACCACAAUCAUGGUUUGGUCAUCGGAGGCGGUAAUCGGCACAUCACUGAAAACCCAUUGGCGGUCGGCGAACAGAUGCGUAGCGACAGUUUUGCGUCGGAUGCUUACGACAAAUCACAACACGUUGUCUACGAAACGCCACUACUAGCCCGCAAAGACUACGAGACGAUUCGGAGUAGCAAAGAUGCGAGGAGCACGAUUUCUGCAAAAGAAUUUUGUCGCAGCGACUCGGAACGUGGAUCGCUGAGCAGUCUAGAGAUCGACGUUCGGGCUACCGAAUAUUCAACGAGAGAUAGUGUCACUUCGUUGCACUACCGAAGCUUGCAGAGCCAACCACCACCUCCGCCCGUGCCGAUUCAGGUCGAUGCCCCGGUCCGGCCAAAACACCUCCAAUGCAGCAACACCGACAUACCGACUACCCGGAAAAGGUUCCACACGGCGCCCCGCGAAAAGCACAGAAUGGCACCCCCGUCGGUGUCGUGGAACAUUAGUCCCAGCAUGGGCCAAGUAUACAAGUGCCGAGAAGCGGAUAUAGUUCAGAUACCGCGGUACUGUUUGAACGUGGUUAGCAAGCUUGGCGGUUCACACCUGGGCGAAGUGGCCGUGUGCGAUACGACGAUGGACGUCCGUAUGACGGACAACGGACGCGUGGCGGCCAAGACUUGCAACUCCGACUCGAUCAGGGAAGUCAAGUUCCUGUGCAGCCUGCUCGACCCGAACCUGGUACGCGUGUUCGGCGUGUGCACCAAUGAGUCACCGCCGUGGUUGAUCACCGAGUAUCCAGCCGAGCUUGGUGACCUGGUCAUUGUAUUAAGGACACACUCCACGCUCACGUACACGACGCUAAUGUUUAUGGCCACUCAAAUCGCAUCGGCCAUGAAGUAUUUAGAAUCCAAGAACGUUGUGCACAAAGACUUGGCGGCCAGAAACUGUCUAGUUUCGAGAGGCUAUUCGAUUAAAGUGGCCGACGUGGCGGUGUGCAAUCCGGCUUACAAAAAGGACUAUAGCGAAAUCGGAAACAGACCGCCGGCACCGAUCCGAUGGCUUCCGUGGGAAAGCAUACUACUGGAUCGAUAUACGUGUCCGAGUACGGUAUGGUCAUUCGCCGUAACAAUGUGGGAACUGUUGAACAUGGCUAGAGAUAAACCAUUCCCGCACCUCACCAACGAACAGGUCAUACACAACGCUGAACAGAUGUAUUACGGAGGAGAGCUACAAGUACUACUACCCAAACCCAACCUGUGCCCCACUGAGAUUUACGAGCUUAUGUGCCAAUGCUGGAAACGUGAUCAAAACCUAAGGCCCACGUUCAAACAACUUUACCAUUUCCUGAAACGCAAUCACACAACGUACUCGUGCGAGAUUGAUAAGCAACUACACAACGUUUCACCGAUGUAAUAAAUAUUGUAUUGUUAAAUUAUAUUAUAAAUUUAUAAACCAUAAUAAUAUUUAUUAUUAUUAAUAUUAUUAAUUAUUACUAUUAUUGUUUGUAAUCAUUUGUAAUAUUUGUAUAGAUAUUAGUGUAUUUCAUAUGUAUUGUAUGUAUUUGUAUAUGAAAAAUGUACAUUUUCUUGUUGAACCUAUUUUCUUUACCCGCUCUGUUCAAAAAAAAAAAAAAAACUUUUCAAUUUGUAGCAUUCAGCGACUUAGGUUAUUGUGAUGUAUAGGUUAACCGUGUAAAGUGAGAACAGGGUUUUGCUUCGUCUACGACUUUGUGAUACGACUUUUUUUGAAAAAUCACAUUUUUUUUCUAACUUCACUACCGGCUGGGACCGCCAGACAAACGCUUCGUGACAAUUUAUUUCCAUAAACUAUUUCAUAUCGUGUAUUUUUCUAAUAUUCAUGUAUACUUUUAUAUAAAAAAUAAAUAUAAUAUAAACCUAUAUUAUGUAAUUAAUAUUAAUAUUAUGUUGUAUAAUCGAAAACGUUGUUAGCUAGACAAUCAAUGUGGUAGGGUAUGUAAUAUAUAUUAUGUUGGAAUGGGUUGUAAUUUCGAUGUCACCUAUUUUUAAUAUAUAUUAUAUAUGUAUAUAUAUAUAUAUCAAAACCGUUUUAUUAUUAUAGACCUGUAAUUACUUCGGUAGGGUCUUAUUAUUAUUUAGCUAUAAUAUUAAUUAUAUAAUAAUAAACUGUAUUAUAUAGUAAUAAUUAGUAUUAUAAUAAAUAAUAUUAAAUUAUAUAUAUAUAGUAUGUUAAUACAUAAGAUCGGCUUAUGAU